AUGGACCCUACGAGCCCAGAGCAAUUCAAUCCCACCACUCUCAAUGUCUCCAUCAACGAUCAGUCCUCGAACAGAUCCUCCCUGUCAUCUACACAUCGCGAGAUUCGAUUAGACCCCUCCAGUACAGCCGGCACUGGUCAAGGGCAGCCGUCUCGAUUGCACCUGCAACACCAACACCAACACCAAUCGACAACACCUGCGGCUUCACCGACACCUUCUCGUUCCCACUCUCGCAAAAUCUCAGCGUCGUCCAUCGCUGCCUCCAUAACCGGUAGGAAGAAUCGUAAUGUCGAUUCUGCUUCAUCCGAAACCAACUCUGAGCGAUCGUCCUACUCUACAGCCUCUCAACCAACCCCAAUUCCAGUAAAGGGUUCUCGUUCUCGACAUUCCCGAACCCACUCUGCCUUAUCAGACGCUGGCAGCGACGUGCUAGUCUUUGGUGAGCCACAUCCUUCGCCGACUCACUCGGAUACCUUGCGCAUCCGCGCUGGACUUAACGCCGAGAACCUCACUUACGGAUGGUUGCCAGAGCCGGCCUUGACGACGCAGUCUUCUCUAUCAGAUUUUCAGUCCAGACGCUUGUCUAGUACUUCCAUAUACUCCCUGGCCUCUGCGAGGGGUAUCAUAAACUAUUCCUCUUCCGCCCACGGCUCUGAUUCUGGAGCGCCACCUCGCUCCGUGUCCGGCCUAAUGUCGUCAGCAAAAGGAGCAUCUGCUGGCACACCGCCAGAGCCUGCAUUAUCAAACGUCGUGGCCACGACCUCCUCGUCCAAUGGGGCUGGCACCAAUGGCCAGCACAAUCUCACCACACGAGACCCUCACUCACAGCCUCUCGAUUUGAUGAGGAGAAACCAACGAACUGACUCAAAUAUACGCACUCAACCUGAUAGGUCAAGAAGUAGAGCCAAGAGACGAUUUAGCGGGAGUGCAACUAGCACCCAUAGCCAAGGAAGCGACCGCGGCGGAUAUCGCGAAAGAGAGGAAGCCAAACCUGCUCCUUGGGGAACUAUAGGAAUCUGUGCAUUGGAUAUAAAAGCGAGAAGCAAACCAAGCAGAAACAUCCUGAACCGCCUCAUCGCAAACAGAGACUUUGAUGUCGUUGUUUUUGGAGAUAAAGUCAUUCUUGACGAAGAGGUUGAGAAUUGGCCGAUGUGCGACUACUUGAUAUCGUUCUACUCGGAUGGAUUCCCUUUGGAAAAGGCAAUCGCCUACGUCAAGACUCGAAAACCAUUUUGUGUCAAUGAUGUACCCAUGCAAAAGGUUCUGUGGGAUCGUAGGGUCUGCCUUCGUUUGCUUGAUAAAGUUCAAGUACGAACGCCAAAUCGUUUGGAAGUAAAUCGGGAUGGUGGACCACAAAUCUUGACACCAGACAUGGUAAAGCACAUUAAGGACAUUUCCGGGAUCAGCAUCGACCCCCUAGACACAACCACUGCAACUCGACCGACAACGGUAGAGCUCAUCGACGAUGGAGAUGCCCUGUGUGUCGAUGGCAAAGUUUUGCAGAAGCCUUUUGUUGAAAAACCGACAAGUGGUGAAGACCAUAACAUCAUCAUUUACUUUGCUAAAAGCUCGGGAGGUGGCGGCAGAAAGUUGUUUCGAAAAAUUGGCAACAAGAGCUCGGAUUAUGUUCCAGAUCUAACUGUGCCAAGAGCCAUCACUGAGCCGGAAGGAAGUUAUGUCUACGAGAGCUUCAUGCAGGUAGACAAUGCUGAGGAUGUCAAGGCGUACACCGUCGGACCAAACUAUUGUCACGCAGAAACCCGCAAAUCCCCCGUAGUAGAUGGCAUCGUCAGGCGCAACACCCACGGCAAGGAACUGCGAUAUGUCACCAGUCUAAGCGCUGAAGAGAGGGGAAUGGCUAGUCGAAUAUCAACAACAUUUGGGCAGCGCGUUUGCGGCUUUGAUUUGCUCCGAGCAGCUGGGAAGAGCUACGUUAUCGAUGUUAAUGGCUGGAGUUUUGUCAAGGACAACGAUGAUUACUAUGAGCAUUGCGCCAACAUUCUUCGGGAACUCUUUGUCAAAGACAAGAUGCGUCGGGAAGGAACCACACCGCCCUUACCUUCUCCAGAGGCAACGGAUAUUGACCCCAUGAGUCGAGGCUCGCAACAGAGCAAAGACCGCGAGCAAAUAUCGCAAUCUGCAUCUUCGGUCACGUCGAGAUCUACAAAGGGGCAAGGAGCUACUGCGGAGCAGCAAAACGGCGAUACCGACGUGAAAGCAACUGGUGAAGCAGCAUCUCCUCGCCCCGAGAGUACUUUCAAUUCGACGGUUCCAAGCACUGCUACAAGUCCCCUCCUCCCACCACCUUCAGAACUUGCCUUGCCCGGCACAUCUACAGCUGCUUCAUCCGUUCAGUCCGGACCUGUUUCGGCUCCGCCUACGCAAGCACAAGAUGAGGAGACGCCGACGGAGGCGCCACCUCCUCCUCCAAAGCAUGCGUGGAAAUUGAAGGGAAUGGUGUCUGUCAUCCGACACGCGGACCGAACGCCAAAGCAGAAGUACAAAUUUACUUUUCACACUGAGCCAUUUAUUGCUCUUCUCAAGGGCCAUCAAGAAGAAGUGCUUCUAAUUGGAGAAGCUGCAUUGGCAAGCGUAAUUCAAGCCGUUGAUGUAGCCUACGAGGCUGGGAUUGAGGAUCGAUCAAAGCUCAGGGCUCUUCGCAAUGUGCUAGUGAAAAAGGGAAGCUGGGCAGGAACAAAGGUUCAGAUCAAACCUAUGUUUCGGAAAAAGAAGCCCGACGAGUCCUCACCAGCUAUUGUCGAACUACCACCGGCACGACAUGAUGCAGAUAAAAUUGUCUCAGAAGGCAAGGUUGGCGAGUGCGAUGGCAGUGAGUGCGUACCGCGAUCCAAUUCCAAGAGACAUGAUUCCCUUUCCGGUGUCACCAUGUCCAAAUUCACAGCUGCGGAAGAAAGCCUGGUCCUGGACAAACUUCAACUCAUUGUCAAGUGGGGUGGCGAGCCAACUCACUCGGCGCGGUACCAGGCGCAAGAACUGGGCGAAAAUAUGCGUAAUGACUUGAUGCUCCUAAACAGAGACAUCUUCGACGAAGUUCACGUUUUUAGCAGCUCUGAAAGACGAGUGAGUGCAAGCGCUCAAAUCUGGGCAUGCUCAUUUCUGGAUCGGAACGAUUUGCCCGAAGAUUUUAUCACCACACGCAAAGACUUGUUGGACGACUCAAAUGCGGCCAAGGAUGAAAUGGAUAAAGUGAAGAAGAAGUUGAAAGGGCUGCUUCGCAAGGGCAAUGAGCGUCCAGCAGAGUUCGCCUGGCCCGAGAACAUGCCUGAGCCUUCCGAAGUCCAAACUCGGGUAGUUCAACUCAUGAACUUUCACAGACGAGUGAUGCAGUACAACUAUGGCAAAUUGUACAAUGGCGCCGCCUCCUCCCUUGGCGCCAUUUCCAACCCCAGUUCGGAAAGGCUCAGCAUGGACGGCUCCUCAGCAUCGAUCUCUUCCCUUUCAGCCGUGAAUGCCGUGAACGGCAUCCAGUCCAGAUGGUGUAGCGGCGAAGAUGCUGAGUUGUUCCGUGAACGAUGGGAGAAGUUGUUUUCUGAAUUUUGUGACGGCGAUAAGGUAGACCCAAGCAAAAUAUCAGAACUCUACGACACGAUGAAAUUCGACGCUCUUCACAAUCGCCAAUUUUUGGAAUGGGUAUUCACGCCCCCAAAGAGUAUGCUGGAGGACGAGUACUCUCAAAAGGAAGGGAAGCCAAAAGAUUCCGAAGACGUCAAAACAUCGGACGAUGCAAAAGGCGAAAAAGGGCCAAGCGGCAGCUCUGACGGCUCUGAAAAGACAGAUGUCCCAAAUCGAUCUGUCAAGAAGCUGUUUCGAAGGCGAUCAUUCCUCAAUAACCUCAGACACAUGAAUGACGAAGCGCCGCCCGAGCAAUACUUCCGUCUGUACAAAGGGGCCAACCAGGCAGCUACAAAGUCGGACCCUCGAACGGAGCCUUUGCAAGAGCUUUAUCGAUUGGCGAAGGUGUUGUUUGAUUUCAUCUGUCCACAGGAGUACGGCAUUUCAGACAGCGAGAAGCUUGAAAUUGGAUUGCUGACGUCGCUCCCUCUUUUGAAGGAGAUUGUCCAGGACUUGGAAGAGAUGCAGGCAUCGGCAGAUUCCAAGGCUUUCUUUUACUUUACCAAGGAAUCCCACAUCUACACGCUCCUCAAUUCCAUCAUUGAGGGCGGCAUUGAGACUAAAAUCAAACGGAGCACAAUCCCCGAGCUUGAUUACUUAUCUCAAAUAUGCUUCGAGCUCUACGAGUCGGAGACUAAACCACCUGCAGAAAGCACACUCAAUGAUGAGUCGACGUUCACCUACAGCAUCCGCAUCACCAUCAGCCCAGGUUGCCACGUUUUCGAUCCCCUGCACGUGCAGCUCGAUAGUCGGCAUUGCAUUGGCUGUGCCCCGAGACGCAGCUUGACUCCACACAUAGACUGGCUCCAGGUCAUCAAGACACUUCGAGCCAAGUUUAACCAAGUCAAAUUACCCAAAACAUUCUUGGCAGUGAACCUCUCAGACGCCUUUACUUUUGAGGAGCAAGAACGAAUGGCUAGCGAGCCUGAGCUACUCGAGAUGAAGGCUCUACCACCAAAAGAUUUACUUUUUGGCGGUACUGACAUGGGAACGGAGGAUACGGCGACCCCAGUAAAUGAGACGAAACCGGUUGAACAAACCAGUACAACUCCCCCUUUUGGUUGA